AUGGCGCACAUUACGGCAACAGGUGCCUUCGCUGCUGGUGUCGUGAUCGUCCUCUCGGCCACCAACUACUUCUUCUUUGCGUGGCCGGCCGCGCUUCUACUUGUGGCGCGCCUCGUCUGCCGCGCGCGCCCCGCCGUCCUUGUGCGUGUCUUCGACGCCUGGUACGACAGCGUGCAGCAGGCGUGGAUGGGGCUCGUGACUAUCGUGCUCGAGGGCGUGCUGCGGCUGCGCGUCGCAUACACCAUCGUGUCCCCGUCGAAGAAGGAGGAUGGAAGGACGGAAACAGCGGCGGUGACAGCGCCUCGGCAGCUCGCGGACAUUCUGGCGGCACCGCAACGCGGGAAGUUUAAGAUCAUUCUGCUCAAUCACCGCUGUCGCGCGGAUUGGCUUAUGGUGUUUCCUUUCCUCGCACGCGCAAACGCCGCGCGGCAGGUCCGCAUUGUACUGAAAGCGGAGCUGAACCGUUUCCCUAUAUUUGGCUGGUCGAUGCAGCUGUUCCGCUAUAUGUUUCUCUCACGCAGAUGGGACAAAGAUGAGGAGAUGAUACAGCAGAUGAUUUCACACUACCAUUUCAGUGGCGGCGCGACCAUCAUGCUGUUCCCGGAGGGAACCGACCUCUCCCCAAGCAAUGUGGAGAGGUCGAACGCCUACGCGGCCAAGAACGGCUUGCCGCUGUUCCACCACGUACUGAAUCCACGUUCAACAGGAUUCUUGGCGAUUAAGAAUAUGAUUGGGGCGGAAAACAUCGAAGAAAUCAUUGACAUGACGUUGGGCUACACAGACUUUGUACCAGGGGAGCGUCCGACGGAGCUGUGUAUCGUUAAUGGCCGCAUGCCGAAAAAGGUGCACAUGUUAUGCACGCGCCAUCGCUUGGCAGGGAGCCGACAACACCAGGAAGAGAAGGACGCAUUCCCCGCCGACGAUGAGGGCCUGCGCGCAUGGCUCAACGACCGCUUUGCCAAGAAGGAGGUGCUGCUCUCGCAGUUCUACUCCAACAAUCCAGUGGGGUUCGAGGCACACCAAGUCCGUAGCGUCCUUGGUGAGGAUUGCGAUGUCGUCGCGUACGAUGAAGACGAGGACGCCACACAGCACCCUGGCAGCACAAAACUCGCUCGGUUGGUGGCAGGCGUGGGGCUGUGGCGCGGCUUUGUUGGUGUGCUGGCCUUUUGGCUGGCGCCGGUACUCUACUGUGCGUUUUACGGCGGCUUGAGGUUGAUUCUAUGGUGCGUGCUGUGCAGCUUCACCUGCGCCUGGAUAGCGCGAAAGAAAGAGAACCUCGCGGUGUGGCUCCUCCAGUUGCGGCGGGAAAAGACUGGAGGUAAGCAGGCUAAACAGGAUUGA